AUGACUCCAAUCCCGAUCCCACGAAUACCACGACCACCACCAAACCUCAACCUCCACAUCUCACUCCCCUUCACACAAAAAUUCCAAUCAUCCUCUAUAUCUCUCCGAAACAUCAUCCCCUCCGCCCUCAAACGCUCCUCCGCCGCCUUCAUCCCCGGAACCUACAACAGCCACGGCCUCUCCCCCGGCGCCGUCGCCGGCGUCAUCAUCGGCAGCGUCCUAGGCUUCAUCUUCCUCCUAUACUUAAUAUUCCUGGCGUUGGGUGCCGGGCGGCGCUUCUCCAGCGAACCCAGCACGGCGACGUCGGCAACAAUGUCAGAGGUGGUGGUGGAGGAAGAGGGAAGCUCGAUUUCGCGACGACCACCGCGACGUCGGCGGCGCGAGGUUGUCGAGGAGGUCAUUGAGAGCGGGGGCAGUCGGCGGAGUCGCAGGUCAAGAGCAAGUCGGGGGAGAGAUUCGCGUAUUGUUGUGGAGGAGUCGGUGACCUCGUCUGGUCCGUCGAAUGUGGUUGAGGUCGAGGAGGAACAUUCCAGUGUGGAGGGUUCCGGGGGCCAUGGGCGGAGGAGACGCAGUCGGCCGGGACACUAUCGGGCUGUGGAUCCGUUGGCGUAUGGGGGGUUGACGGAGGAUGAGAGUUUGAGGUCGUAG